ACAGCACAGUUUUAAAGACUCCGUGCCUAGCGAUGGAGAUGUAUUUUCGGUAAAUACUAUUGUGCUCACAACGAAAUGUGUUUUUGAAAGCGUGUGAAAAAAGUGUUGUGAUCCAUCUAAUUUUAAGAACUUUCUAUGAUUGAUACAUACUCUGGGUCUUUUCAUACGUACAACUAUGAAUCGGGUCUCGGUGCGCGCAUCAGCAACACUGAGCUCUCCAAAUCCGGGGGAGUAGCGCCGCUCGCGGGAAUAGCCCACCAGCGGAGCGGUACUCGCUCUGCCCGUUUCGUGCGCCAACGAAAUAUCUUCGACUAGACUGAAAUCUUCUUCGGGCACCGAAUCUAAAAAAUCUCCACUGGCAUGGAGCUAGGAGCACACUGAUAGUGAUAGUCUACAAGAUCUUGGUUUCUAUGCAUUGCCUGCCAAAGAAGAACUGAGCCCAAUGUUUCCACACAAUUCUAGUUCACAUGAGAUUUCUACAGAAACAAAUGCCUUCGUACAAAAUUCCAUGGGGGAUGUAGUAGUAUUAGGGAAAAGCAGUCCGAUAAGGGUUGGGGAGGGAAGAGAAUCAGAGAAUGAUAGGUACUGUGAUAUCGAGUUCAUAAACAACAUGAUGGCUAAACCUAUUGGCCAUCUCGAAAAUACCGCCGCCAAUGACUUUUUAACCGUCCUGUCGAACCAAACUGGCAAGUUUAUCUUGACCAGUCGAAGCUCGACCUGCCAGUCAGUGGCGUCGUCAACCACAACACACCUAACAAAAAAUCAUCUUCUGACUAGCUUUAGCGUACUAAACAUUAGGGUACUAAGUAUAAGCGUAAAUCUACGAUUAACAGGAGAUAAGUGCGCAAUCGAUGAAGGGGUACCUAGCCUAGUUAGGAUACCCAAGUCUGAUCGCCCCUCGUCAGGCCACUUCUCUCUCGACUCUCUUGACAAUUACUCCUUACUAGGAUCCUGCCUUCAUCCGGGCAAAUACAAUAAUAUUAAGUCUAAUUCUAGCCUCCUAAGUAAUAAUAACGAUAACUACAAGUCUGUGAUAUUGCUCAGCUCAACCAGUAACCAUUAUUUCCUCCGCGUUGAAAUGGACGGUGGUGCGAUUGCAAUGAGACUAAGAACCCGAAAAAUAUUAAUUUUGAACUUAAAGGAAAAGACGGUGGAGAUGUUGUCCUGGGUAAUUAAUGGUAUUAGUAACGUGGCAACAAUUACUGUUGGUGCUCUUUCAUUUCAGGAUAAUGUUAAGUCUAACGAGCCUUCGGGCACUUAUUUCGCGAGCUAUAGGUACUCAGGGUCGUAUACGCGUCUUGGCCCUGAGUUUGUUAAGUCUCUUUCUAAGUCUACUAUAGGGGAUAGGUUUAGGGUUAAGGGGGAGAACCAAGACGAGUUCGCUCUCUACAUUCCUACUAUGACUACCUGCAAGCCUACGAUGACGCUUACACGCCAAUCUGCAUCCCGAAUAAUCGGUGUACCUGGAUCUCGGCCGAACUACUUCGAGAUAUUAUGGCCCGACCAAAUGCACACUCCUCACAAAUUUUAUGACAGUUUACCAAACUGUUUAAUGGAAUAUCACAAUGAUUCUCUUCCAGAAGGAGAAGACAAAGAGAGUUCUUCGAAAUGUUUCGGUUCUUUUAACGAACAAAUUACAUGCCGAAACAUUGGUGAAAAUAUUAACAAUAAUGAACUGGAAAGGAUCAAAUCUCAAACUGCUGUCUAUUUCAAUGACGAGCGUUAUAAUACUCGAACGAGAGUAUUUUGUAUUUGCGGUUUUGAGAGAAACUAUUAUUGCCAAAAUUUGCACGAGUCAAUAGAAGGAAAUGUUUCUAUUAAGGCAUCGUGCUCUAGUUUACUUAAACGAACGAAGCUGAAGUAUCAAGCUUUUACUGGUGUAAUGAAUGGAAAAAUUUCUUCAAGAAAUCUCUGUGAUUUGUAUCAAUUUAAUGAGAUGUUAUACAAAGUACACCAAGAUAUCGGAUUUAAUGUUGAGAACGUAUUCACAGAAAGUCUGAUAAAUCCUAAGCAAUUCACUCUAACCAGUUCGACGUUUCAAACUGUCCAGUUUAUGGACAGCGAGGCUUCUAAUGCAAUGAAGACAGAUGCCAUUGUAGUAAACUUAUGUAAUUGCAAUCAAUUAAAAAAAUCUAAAACUCUUCGAUCAAAGGAUAAACGACACUCUAAUGGAAAUUCUACUGUUUCUGCACCGUCGGAAGAAAAUUUCCGUAGAAAAUGUCCAAGUUCUAGUCUCUCAGAGAAAGAGGAAAUCAACAACGCAAAUAAUAUGAAUAGAACUCAUCUUAUUGAUUGUGCAAGGAAUCUCAUGGCAGCGUCCGUUGGAGUUUCCAAAGACAUCUUACAAGUUCAUAGAGCUAAUCUUAAGCGCGUAUUAACGCUUCUUUUCGGACCGCUUUGCGAUCUUGAUGAGUUCAAUUUGGGGUAUAAGAAAAGAUGGGGGAUUCCUGGCAUUCUAAGAUUGGCUGGCGGUGGUGAAAGUUCAUUGAAUAGCGGUGGAUCUACAAAUUGGGGCUCUACGCAAACUAGUACUACAAAUAAUAACAAUAACAAUCAAUCGGGUUGGGGUGGAAAUUCUGGAAAUCCUUCUGGAAAUAGCGGAGCACCUGGCAAUUGGACUGGAAAUAGUGUGAACAGGUCUGUUGCUGGGAAUCCAAAUUCGAAUCAAAAUCAAGGACCUCUUGGUGGACAAAAUAUUCCAGGUAAUGUGAAUAAGGUAAACAAUCCAAAUCAGCAAUCAAAUCAACAGUCAGGUCCACCAACUUCUCAAUCAAGUGGAACAAGUCAGGGUGGUCAAAGCAGUAAUCAGUGGUCACAGGGAAAAUCUAAUAAUCCUGGGGGACCGAGUCAAAAUUCUUCUGUUCAAAAUAAUAAUACUUCAGCCCAACAACAACAGCAGCAGCAGCAGCAACAACAGCAGUCAAACUCCAAUAACAAUAACAAUCAAUCAAAUAAUCAGGUUCAGGGAUCUGUAAACAGUAGUAAUACGCCUGCAAACAAUAAUCCUUCAACGAAACAACAAUUAGAACAGUUGAAUACAGUGAGGGAAGCACUUUUUAGUCAAGAUGGUUGGGGCUGUCAGAAUGUGAACCAAGACACAAACUGGGAUGUCCCAACUUCUCCAGAACCUAGUAUGUCAAAAGAUGGAGUUCCAAUGUGGAAGACACCAGUAAACAAUGGUACUGAUUUAUGGGAAGCCAAUUUGAGAAACGGUGGUCAACCUCCACCUCAACAGCAGGCUAAAACACCUUGGGGUCAUACACCAGCAACAAACAUUGGUGGAACUUGGGGUGAAGAUGACGAACCUGCUGAUUCAUCGAAUAUGUGGUCUGGUGCUCCUACAUCUUCCCAACCAAAUUCUGCAGCUGGUCAGUGGACAACUGGUACCGGUAAUCAAACCGGUAUGUGGGGAGGAUCCAACUGGGGUGAUCCAAGAAUUGAUCGUCGAGAUCCUCGUGAUCUUCGUUCUGUUGAUCCCAGAGAAAUGCGAGAUCCUCGUGACCACAGAAUGUCUUUGGACCCUCGGGAACACAUACGUGUAAUGGAUCCAAUGGCUCGAGACCCUAGAAUGGCAGACAUGCGGGAUCCUCGCGGAAUUUCUGGAAGGUUAAAUGGCACCAAUGCUGAUGCUAUGUGGGGUCAACCACCAGGUCCUCCACAUCAUCAAAUGGGACAUCAACAUCCUUCCGGUCCUCCAACAAAGAUGUUGAAUCCUUCCAACAUAAAUCAAUGGGCUGCACCACCACCAAAGGAUAUUAUGCCAGGAAAACCAUCAGGUUGGGAAGAACCUUCUCCACCAACACAAAGGAGAAAUGUUCCAAAUUAUGAUGACGGCACAAGUUUAUGGGGAAAUCCUGCAGCAAAUCAAAGGACCAUACCUGCUAGUAAGGUUUCUCAUUGGAAGGACCUUCCAACACCAAAUUUAGGCAGAGGAGGAAUGCAGUGCCCUCCUGGUAUGCCACAGAAUAGAAUGCCAGGUCAACCUGGAAUGAAACCAGAUGUUAGCGGACCAAUGUGGGGACAUCCUGGUGCUCCUGGCGGACGAAAUGGCAGUUGGGCUGAAGGACCACAUGAUACAGGUUCAUGGGAUGAUCCAAAAACGCCAAGUACCUGGAACGAAGCUCAAUUAAAUCCUGGCACUUGGGGUGGACCUAGUGCGCACAAAGCUAAACCAAUGGGACCCACUGGAAGCUGGGGUGAUACUGAUAUGGAUCCUACUCCUAGUUGGGGUCAUCCCACAAAACCUACUCUUACAAAAGAAGUUAUAUGGAAUAGCAGGGAAUUUCGAUAUCUCUGUGACUUGGGAUUUAAGAAAGAAGAUGUUGAAUUGGCAUUGAGAAAUCGCGAAAUGAAUAGAGAGGAAGCUUUGGAACUUCUAAGUCAAGUGCGGCCUUUAGACCAAUGGAGAAGACAUGACGCACACUCCACUUAUGAUCCGACAAAUCAAGCUACAACUGCGCCAGCAUAUCCUAGAUUUAAUCACGUCGCACAGCAAAUGUCUUUUCCUCCGGGUGCUGGAGUGCCAAGUGGAAAUGCAACUGGUAGUGUGGGAGGAUCGGUUGCUAGUGCAAGUUUGCUGAAGUUACAGCAACAGCAACAACAAACUGCAGUUCCAUUGCAGCAACAACAACCUAGUAGUAAUGCACCUCAACCACCUUUCAAUCAGGCUUCCAGAGCUCCUCAGAAUCAACCUAGUACUCAACAACUACGUAUGUUAGUACAACAGAUUCAGCUAGCCGUCCAGGAAGGUUACUUAAACCAUCAAAUUUUAAAUCAACCACUUGCACCUCAAACUCUAAUAUUUUUGAAUCAACUAUUACAACAAAUCAAAGUUCUGCAACAACUUCACGAACAACAUUCUGUACAAAGUACAAUGAAGGGUAAUGGCCAAUCUGUUCUUCAGAUCAGUGUACAAAUUACGAAAACAAAACAGCAAAUAACAAAUCUUCAAAAUCAAAUUGCUGUGCAACAAGCUACUUAUAUGAAGCAGCAACAACAGCAACAACAACAGCAGCAGCAGCAGCAGCAGCAGCAGCAGCAACAGCAGCAACAUCCUGUGCCACCAUCUCAAAGCUCAGAAUAUUAUAAGAGCUCAGUACAUGACCCUAUGUCAGCGUUGCAAAACAGCUUCACAGAUUUGAGCAUGAAUAAGGUACCUCCUGUUAGUCAGCAACAGUCAAGACUGAACCAGUGGAAGUUACCUUCUUUGGAUAAGGAUGGAGAGUUAGUUACGAAUGAGUUCUCAAGAGCACCAGGAACAACCAGUAAGCCAGCAGCUACACCGGCUGGUUUAACACGAUCACACAGUAGUCCUAACAUGAAUCCUUUGUUGGGUCAAGGAGAUGGUACAUGGUCUACCAGAUUUGGAGAGAGUGGAUGGCCAGACCCAGGUAACACGGAUUCCACUGAUGGAAAGGAUUGGCAGCCAACUGGUGCAGCUGCUGGUGCUGUUGCUUUCACCGAUCUUGUACCUGAAUUUGAGCCUGGCAAGCCAUGGAAGGGUACCCAGAUGAAGAGCAUCGAGGAUGAUCCAAGCAUUACUCCGGGUUCUAUCGUUCGAUCACCGCUUUCUUUAGCAACGAUCAAAGAUCCAGAUGCCAUUUUCUCUUCAAGUAGUAAAACUUCGCCACCACCACAGCAACCUACCAAUCCUGAUACAUCAAUACCAAGUUUGAGUAAUUCUACAUGGACGUUCAAUCCACCUGUCACUACUCCAAACGCAUUUACUAGCUCAAAGAAUACUUGGGGUGAAUCUGCACCACCGCCGACUGCGGUUACUUCAGAGCUUUGGGGAGCACCAAUGAGUAAGGUUCGUGGUCCUCCACCAGGCUUAAGCAGUAAAGCCACGGGAAAUACAAGCAAUGGCUGGGCAGGUUUUGGUACCAUCAGCAGAUCCAGUUCAUGGGGCUUUCAAUCAAGCACAAAUGCUGCCUGGGUUUCUACCUGGUUACUACUUAAGAAUCUGACGCCUCAAAUCGAUGGUUCUACUUUGAAAACCCUCUGCAUGCAACACGGUCCUGUUCAAGACUUCCGAUUAUACCUUAAUCAUGGAAUUGCUUUAACCAAAUAUUCAUCAAGAGAUGAGGCUAUUAAGGCACAAGGUGCUCUGAACAAUUGCGUCCUGGGCAACACAACAAUUUUCGCAGAAUCUCCAGCCGAUACCGAGGUACACAGUUUGUUACAACAACUUAGUCAUGGAGGCCAACAGCAAGCUGGAGCAACCACCGGGGCAGGAUGGGGCUUGCGACCAUCAAACAAAACUGGUCCACCACCAGACACUUGGGGCGGUAGUUCCAGCCAACUAUGGGGUGCUCCACCGAGCAGUAAUUCUCUUUGGAGCAACACCGGUAUUGACAGCAACGAUCAACAACGUGCUACGCCCAGUUCUCUGAACUCGUACUUACCCGGAGACCUUCUGGGAGGUGAGUCGAUGUAGAGUGCCGCACGGAGGAGCGGUAUCACUCGUGCGAUGACCAAGCCUUCUACUUCACGAUACGUCAAUUAUAUUCCGCAAUGUCAGAUGGGCCGGUUCUCGCGAUGAAGUUACUUAAAUCAGUGCCGUGCAAUUUCGGCAGCAACAAGGAUCUGAUUUGAUUUCAAGAGAAGAUUUUUCAAUUUGGGAUUUGGGGAUAAUGGGGGCAAGGGAGGGUAUAUCAUGAAUUUCAAGGCUUUUGGUGUGCGCCGUGCUUUCUCAAUGGUUUGGUGUAGUGCCGAGUACGUUUAAUAAUAGCCGCGAAUGCUGUUAUUAUUACGCGUACUAUAUGAUAAGUGCAUACGUACUACGCAAUUUGAAAUUAAAAUUAGUAUUUUUGUUAUGAUAUUGCUUUUGUUGCAGUUCAUUUUCGUAUUUUGGUAUUUUGGUAUUUUAGAAUAAUAUUAAUUUCACCCGAUAAUAUGCGCGUAUGUGUGUACACAGUGCGCAGCAUGUUUGAUAGACGCGUUUUAUGAUGUUUCAAUUACUGAAUUAGUAUUCUUCCCAUUCAGGUCGCGUUCUCAUUUACAUACGUUUCACUCUGA